UUUCCGUAGAGGGAGCUCUCUUGCCGCAGGGGAGACACAUGCGUUGUUUACAGUAAUGCACGCAUUCAAUAACCGUCUUUCUGGUGUCUUUCGGUGACAGACAGUUACUUCUUCACCAUCUUCAUCAAUUGACGCCUCGUCAAGAGCUGAAAACAUGGCAGGCGAAGUUCCUUCUGUUGCUGCACAGGCCGUCCUGAUGCCCAGUUGCGAGAUCCCAGAGGACAUGCUCAAGAUCAGAGGCUAUGACUUCAACGAGGGGGUCGACCUCCAGGCGGUGCUGAAGACCUACAUUACUACUGGUUUCCAGGCCAGCAGCAUGGGCUUGGCCAUCCAGGAGAUCAACAAGAUGAUAGAGAAGCGUCUUGAGCCAGUGGAGGAGGAUGAAGGAAAACUGAAGCAAGUGCCCGAUGAACACCGCAGCAGGUCAGGCUGCACCAUCUUCCUGGGUUACACCUCCAACCUCAUCAGCUCUGGAGUCAGAGAGACCAUCCGCUACCUGGCACAGCACAAAAUGGUGGAUGUGAUUGUUACCACAGCUGGAGGCGUAGAGGAGGAUUUCAUAAAGUGUCUGGCUCACACAUACUUGGGAGAGUUCAGCCUGCCUGGCAAGGAUCUCCGCCUGAAGGGCAUCAACAGGAUUGGGAAUCUGUUGGUGCCCAAUGACAACUACUGUAAGUUUGAAGACUGGCUGAUGCCUAUUCUGGACCAGAUGCUGUUGGAGCAGAAGACAGAAGGCACCAAGUGGACUCCCUCCAAGAUGAUCCAUCGGCUCGGCAAGGAGAUCAAUAACACUGACUCUGUGUACUACUGGGCGUACAAGAAUAACAUUCCAGUGUUCAGUCCUGCCCUGACAGACGGCUCUCUGGGCGACAUGCUCUACUUCCACUCUUUUAAGAACCCCGGCCUGGUUUUGGACAUAGUGGAAGAUAUUCGCAGGUUGAAUAGCCAGGCGGUGUUUGCCAAGAGGACAGGAAUGAUCAUCCUGGGAGGAGGGCUGGUCAAACACCACAUAUCCAAUGCUAAUCUCAUGAGGAAUGGAGCUGACCAUGCUGUGUUUGUGAACACGGGUCAGGAGUUCGAUGGCUCUGACUCCGGGGCCAGACCCGAUGAGGCCGUAUCCUGGGGCAAGAUCAGAACUGAUGCCAAACCUGUGAAGGUGUAUGCAGAUGCAUCUCUAGUCUUCCCUCUGAUUGUGGCCGAGACCUUCGCUCUCCACGCCGACAAGCUGACUGCCGACAAGAAAGCAGAUUAAACGGUUGCUCCCUCACAUGUUCUGUUAGAAACAACCAACUUUAUUCCCUUUAUUUCCUCUUUCCUUUGUUGGACUUAGUGCAGAUAUACCCUUGAUCUUAAAAACAUUUCUGUUGGAUGUACAUGGCUAAAGUUUGGCAACUUUAAGAAGAUUACAAACAACGCUGCAAUUUAAAACUCUUUUAAUGGGAUUCAGUGGUGAGGGCUUGAGGUCGUCUUAAAGCUUUCCAUAACGAUAUUUACAUGUCAAAACAGGUACAGUUUUUUUCUCUCCAUUCAGAUAGCUGGAAUAGUAUGGGCAGCAUGCUAUUGCAUGUACCAAAGAGACUGCCUAGAAGUCAGGGUUUGGCUGCGUGUGUGUGUGUGUGUGUGUGUGUGUGUGUGUGUGUGUGAGAGUGAGAGAGAGAGAGGGAGAGAAUAGCUACACACUCGUGAGGCAUUGUUUUUUAGGGGUUUUGAUUUAUUUCAGUCGAGCUGUGGGUGGCGUGACACACUAUCACAUCACUUGAAUAUUACCGUGUUGCUUCUCAGUUUUUAUAUUAUCCAAACCUUUCACUGUUUCAGGAUGAAAGAUGUGCCUGUGUAACUUAAUAAAUCAUAAAUGGAUAAUUUGUUAGUCUUUGUGCAGUAGGUCUGUGUGAGGAGGCCACACGGGGUCCAUCAUGUGACUGUUAAUUUCACAUGACUGUCUUUGUUGUAUGAAAGGACAUAAGAAAUUGCAUUACAGAGCGCACAACACAUAACUGCUGAUCUGUCAUAGAAAGAUAUAUUUAGAGGGUUAAAGAAGGACUGAAGCUCCUCAGUUUAGGGCUGUGACUCAUGAUUUUUUCAUUAUUGAUUAAUCAGCCUGUUAUUUUCUCGAUGAAUUGAUUGUUUUGUCAGUGAAAGGUCAGAAAAUAGGGAAACAGGCCUCCAAGAACACACCUCUAAAUCCAACUAACAGUCCAAACAUCCAAAGCUAUUAACUUAUAAUAAUGUAGGGCAAAGAAAAGCAUCACAUUUUCUAAUUUAAGAAGCAAGAACCCAGCAAAUGUUUUGCUUUUCUUCUUUUAAAAAAAUGGCAAUUCAAUUGUUAAAAUAUUUGCUAAUUAAUUUUGUGACUCAUUAAUUUAUUGUCUAAUAGUUGCAGCUCUACCUCAGUUGCAUACGUAUGCGAUAUGUGCACUGCAGAAAGUGUUGCUGUUAUUGUAACUUACAGGAUACACUCAGUGACCACUUUAUUAGGUACACUUGAGCAGUUUGAUGCAAUUUCAAUGCAACAGCUCUGCCAUUAAUUCUGCAUUUACAAAGUUUGUAAUGUUCAGUUUUUGGUGACAUUGUGGGAAUCAAAUUAGGGUAAAGAUAAGUUAGGGCUAAAAGAUACAGAGAAAAUGAAAUACUACAAUAUUUUUUGACCAAAUACCUAGGGAUGGGAAUCUCCACAGGAUCCACGAUUCAAUAUUUUUAAGAAACGACACCAUAUUAUUAUGAUUUUAAAUAUGUUGCAAUGUGUUUAGUAUUGCAAUAAAAUAUAUUGCAAUUUAUUACCUUUUUCAUCUGUAAAUUAUGUCCCCAAAGUAAAACAUUGUCAACAUCUGUUUUAUUCAAUAAGAUAAAGUUUUCAGUCUGAACAUCUCACUUCAGACAUUUUUUAAUAGCAGCAAAAUGAAAUAGCAAAUGACUACAUUAUUCCAGUGGGCUACCUAAAGUUUAAUUUGUAAUAUUAAUAAUCUAUAUAAAGAAAAAUACUUGGUUAAAGGGUUUUUCUGGGGGGGAGUUUUUCCUUAUCUGCUGUGGGGCAAAUUGUGAUUUGUGAUAUUGGGCUUUAUAAAUAACAUUGAAUUGAAUUGGGACAAUACAAUACUGCCACACAAAAAUAUUAAGAUACUAUGCUGUAUUGAUUUUUUUUUUUUUUUUUUAAUUCCCUCGCCCCUACAAAUACCUCCAUAUCAAUAUUGCGACAAUAUAGGGUCAACAGUUGGUGCUUGAAUGUAAUCUUUUGUUAAAUAAUCAUCAGUAAUGUGGAUAUAAUGACUAAAGCACGACUUGCAUGGGACUAGUGUCACGUGGGGACCUCUUGAUUUAGAAAUUACCCACCAAUAUAAGAUGAUAUAAGGCCUCAUAUUAAAAUAUUGAUAUCACGAUUUUGCCCAGCCCUACUGUAAAUAUUAAAAUAGAAUAUUAGAAACACCUCUGAGUACAGUCCAGAACAACACCAUCACUAACUGCUGAAACAUGUAUUUUAUCUAUAAACUUCUGACAGUGUCAACAAAUACAGAACAUUAUAGGCAUCAUAAAAGUCGACUUCAUGCCAGAACACAUAAAGCGGUCACUGAGUGUAUUUAUCUGUUUUAUAAGCCUUACAGUUUAUAACCUGUUUUUCUUUAUAUAUAUAUAUAUAUAUAUAUAUAUGGAGAGUCUCAAACAUCCUUCUGUAAACUCUAUUUCUGCUUCCAACCUUUUUCUGGUCACAAUAAACAAGACAGAACUCAGCACUGUGGACUCUGUUUCUGCAGCCGGAGUUUGGAUUAAAAAAAAAAAAAGUUGUAAGCAUCUCAUUCACAUGUGCAAGUGUUGGCAAACUCGCUCAGCUACAAUCCACUGAGUGACGAAUGCAGGGCUUAAAUAAUGUUUGCGCCUCCAGUCACCUUAAUGCUGUUUGAAAGAUCCUCCCCUCCAAUCCCCCCAGGGGCUCAUAAGAGCAUCACAACUUGUGCAUGUGUGAUCGGUGCUUGCUCAGUAGGUGGGACUCGCAGCUCCUCGCCGGUCUGCUGUCUUCAGCAGAAUCGACCGCUUAAUGUAGCAACAAUGAUAAAACCAUUUCCCAUUACAAUACAUCAGGCUGCAAUUGUGGGAGUGGAUAUUUCCUCUGGCUAAUCACUGCUUCCAUAUCCUUUACACACACUCACUGUUACAUCAGUUAUAUUUGCAGACUCUGCGAUGGAAAUGUGGGUAGUUAUUGUGUCAAGUGUGUGCAUAAUCCUAUUUUUCCUUGAGUUGUUCAAAGCAUCAGAGUGGCUUUUUUUAAGUGGGGAUGGUGACCUUUUCUUUUUUGGAAACGGAGAUGGAGAAGUGGAAUUGGAACUGGGAUAAGGUCAACUUUCCCAAAACCUCAGCCCCAUGUGUCACUCACACACACGCAUAUGUGCGCGUGAACGAGUUGGGCGUUCCUGUCUUGGUACAAACUGCUUUUCCAUUCAGUCCGUGUAUCAUUUCCUAUUGGUGGUGGCAGUGUGUGUGUGUGUGUGUGUGUGUGUGUGUGUGUGUGUGUGUGUGUGUGUGUGUGUGUGUGUGUGUGUGUGCGUGUGCGCGCGCGUGUUUACCCAGGGCUUGACAGUCAAACGACUUCUUUAAAAGGCAGCGGUUUAUGGAUUUUCAGCCCUAUAGAAACGUGUGUUUGCUCUACACUUAAUGGAAAGAUUACAGAGAUACAGAGAGGGCUGAAAAGAGUUAAGAUAGAGACUGUGUGUGUGUGUGUGUGUGUGUGUGUGUGUGUGUGUGUAUGGAUGAGCUAUAGUCACGCUAUCAUAAUAUUGUGUGGCGUCUGCACAGAGCAGACAGUGUUUGCCCCCUCCUCCUCUGUGGAACAAUCAGUACACUGUGUGAUGUGCAGGCCCACAGCAGUCAUAAUGGCAAUUAUGUCUCCUCCCCGCCAGAUUGGAAGCUCUUUUUUUUUUUUUAUGGUGAGAACCAAAGAGCCAGACGGAGGGAGAGUUGACCUGCUGCACAGCUGCAGGGUGGGGUGGAUCUUUGAGGAGUGGAGGGAGAAGAAAGGAAAUACACAGUGGAUAGAUCUGUGCACAUUUAAAUAUAUAUCUAUCUAUCAAUUUAAAACUGUCUGCGUAGGGGUGUAAUUUCCAGUGAGGAUAGUUGGGGUCAGGCCCCCUUUACUUUUCAAAAUCCUGUUUUUUUUUCUGCUCACUUUUAGUGUUUCAGGUUGGGGUUUUUUUUUUUUACUGAAGUCUCUGAACAGAAAAGAAGUGCUGAUAAAAGUGUUGAUAUGUU